AAUGAAAGUAUGAUAUCAAAUUUGUCAUGUAAUUAAAAUUUCAAUGAAGAUUGUUGAUAUUUAUAGGUCAUUUUUUUCGAAACGUCAUAACUUAAUGAAAACCGAUGAAAUUAUGUUUUUUAUUUCAGAGAGAUUAUAAAGAUUUAUUAACUGAAAGAUGCCUGCCUAUAUCUGUUUUAACUAAGGAUGUCAUGAAAUAGACAAUAAAAGUAAAAUACAAUUCGGUCUGAAAGGAUAAUUUUCGUUUUGUAUGAUUUAAUAGAUACGUAAUGGCAGAAGAUAAGUAAUGAAAACAAAAUAAUAUUUGUUUAUUUAUCAUAAUAUGACUUCUUGUAAAGAAAGUUACGGUUUCGUAUGUACGCUUUGUGCAAAGUGUCUGCAAUGGUGCAUCGGUCAGAUAAUGGUAAAAAUAAUGUUUACAUGAAUGAUAUAAUUCUGCACACAUGUAUAUCUACAAUACAGUGAAUAGAAUGGGAAAGCAAAACGGAUCUUGUUGGUGGUUUGUGAAAGCCGUAAAAUGGAUACCAGUUAUUUUUAUUUUAACGAUAGUCUUAUGGUCGUAUUAUGCUUAUGUGGUGCAGUUAUGUUUUUAUACUGUAGAUAAUUAUGUUCAAAAAGCCUUUUACUUGUUUUUCUAUCACAUCCUGUUUCUAUUAUUUUUAUGGUCUUAUUGGCAGACUGUAUUUACAGAUUUAAUAGAAAUACCAUAUAAGUUUAAAAUACCAGAUGCAGAAAUGGAAAAAUUUCAUCAAGCUGAAACGGAAGAAGCACAGAGACAAAUCUUAGAGCGAUUUGCACAAGGUCUUCCAGUUACGAAUCGCACUGUAAAAGGAGUAAUACGUUUCUGUGAGAAAUGUCAAUUAAUUAAGCCAGAUCGAGCACACCAUUGUAGUGUGUGUAGUACAUGCGUUUUAAAAAUGGAUCAUCAUUGUCCAUGGGUAAACAAUUGUGUUGGUUUUCACAACUAUAAAUUUUUCAUGUUGUUCCUGGCAUAUGCCCUUCUUUAUUGUAUAUUCAUUACUGCUACAUCUUUACAAUAUCUUAUACGUUUUUGGAAAGGGGAAUUGGACGGAAUGGGCAGAUUCCAUCUAUUAUUCUUAUUCUUUGUCGCAUUGAUGUUUGCAGUUAGUUUAACUUCCCUUUUUUUUUAUCAUUGCUACCUUGUUUUACACAAUAGAUCUACAUUAGAGGCAUUUACACCACCUAUGUUUCGCACAGGAAAAGAUAAAGAUGGUUUUAGUCUUGGAAAGUAUAAUAACUUCCAAGAAGUUUUUGGUGAUAAUCCUAAACUAUGGUUCCUUCCUAUUUUUACUAGUCUUGGAAAUGGUGUCACCUAUCCAGUACGUGCGCAACAUCAAGGCACAUCCAAUACUUAUGACUCCAUGGGCAGUACCCGAAACAGUUUUGGCGAUGGGGUAAACUUUCCUGAACGGCUGUGCAAUGAAGACACACAUACUCUGUUGGGACAUACUACCCAACAGUGGGGUGAUGAGACUGAACUUGACUCUCCACCUCUCUAUGGGUCACAAUCAGCUCUGCUGUGAUAGGUCGUACAACAGAUGCCAAUCAACCAUUGGUGGAUGUAACUGAAGUUAUUUAAAGCAGCAUUUAAAAUUUAUUUAUUUCUUUAUUAUGAACAAACACUUUUCUUGCUAACAUAAUUUAACUUUAAAGUCUUUAUAUAAAUUCUUUGCACUUGUUAUUAAAUAGAAAUCAGAGAGAAACUAAAUUUUUCUCAUUAUAGAUAUAUUUAUGUAGUUUUUGUUAUUUUGCUUAUUUGAUAAUCUCAUUGCAAUAAUUUGAUAUACAAAUGCAAAGAAUUGGUAUGUAUGUCAUAUUUGAGCCCCUCAGUUGAUGAGUGACAUAAAUCCAAAAUUAUGAAAAAUGGGUUUAUUAUAAUAAAUAAUAAGUACUAAGAAUAUUUAUUUAUUAAUAAAUAUUCUUAGCAUAUAUU